CUAACAAGUGUUUAAAAUUUUAGUUUACUUGAAGCAUCUAUUGAACGCGUUUGUGAAAACAGUUGAAAUCGUGUAGAAGACCUCAAUUCCGAAAAGCUUAAAGUGGAAAAGAUGACAGAAUUGUGCGAAUUAUCAUCUGCAGAUAAUGGAGCAAAAAUUGUAUUUGCAACCAAUGAUUUUUACGGUGUAGCUGAAAAUCUACUUAAACAAGCUGAUCCUACAGAAAAAGGUUUAAUGGAACUAAAUAAUCAACAAUUAACUGUUUCGAUAGAUGGAUGGGUAACCCAAAGAAAGCGAGCGUUAAAUUUUGAUUUUGCUAUUAUUAAAUUAGCAAUGAGAGCUGAAAUACAUUUCAUUUGUGUAGAUACUACUUUUAUAAUAGGCAAUGUUGCACACCAGUUUUCCUUACAAGGCAAAUUAUUCGCAACAGAUCUUGAUUUUUCGAUCUAUCAAUUUCGUGACAAAAAUUUUGGCACUCAUGCGACCCCGGAAGAGUUGUCCCGUAUUGAGUGGCUCCAAUCACAGACCUGGCCAUAUUUGAUUGUACCGCAACCGCUGAAUCCUGGUUAUGUGUCGAUGAAUAAGAAGUUUUUUCAUAUAAAUAACGGAGCAGAAUUUACUCAUUUGCGGCUCAACCUCAUUCCAGACGGUGGUAUAAGCAGACUGCGUGUUUACGGAAAAGUGAUAGUUAUUCCCGGAUACACAUUACCGGAAAAGAAAGAAAUUGAUCUCAUCUCUAAGAUUUAUGGUGGUACUUGUAUAGCCUACAGUAGUUGUUACAACAACGCACAUCCUAAUAAUUUGAUCAAGUGUUCAGAUCCUGUUAACGAAGAUGAUGGAUGGCAUACUGCGAGAAGUUUGAUGAGAUACCAUUUUUCAACACACUUACACAAUCAAGAUAUUAAUAAUCUAAAAACUAUUUUUGUAUUUGGGGAAGAAUGGGCUAUAUUUAAGUUAGGACUACGUGGUGAGAUCGAUUCUAUCAUGAUCAAUACCGAAUUCUGUACAGGGAAUGCUCCGUACGUUGUAAAAGUGCAAGCAACUACAAACGAUUGUCUACUCUUAAAUAAACAAACAAAUGAUAGUCAAGAGAUUUGGAAAAAUAUUGUAAAUGAAACCAUCGUGGUACCUGGUUCUCGACAAAUAAUUCGUGUGCAUAAUCAAGAGCAGAAUAUAAGUUUUGUAAAACUUGUGAUAAACCCGGAUGGCUGUUUAUCUAGAUUUCGAGUAUUAGGAAAGCUUUACUAAAAAUGAAAUACAUAUAUAUAAUUUCCAUUAUUUCGAUGAUCUAUAAACAAUCACGUUCAUCAAAGUGGAAAAUAGAUGCUGAUAAUCAUUAAUUCUUUUUUGCCAUGUAUAAUGCAAGAAAAUAGGUAAGAAAAUAUUGUUACACACAUUAAAAUAAAAUAACAUUUAAUAAUAUUUUCAAGGGAUUAAAAUGAAUUUCAAGAGAAUCUUUCAUGACGCUAUGUCAAAUUUGAUUCAUAACUGGUUGUAUAACGAGGAAAGUAAUGAAAAAAAUAUGUAUAUGUUAUAAAUAUGUAAAAU